AGAGAGGCACCGCCACCGCCGCCGCCACCGCCGCCGCCGCCGCCACCGCCGUCGCCGUCGCCGCCGUCGAGUCGGUGCGCAACUUUGGCGGAACUCAGUGUCGCGGCAACUACAGACGAUCACGCAGGGUGCGCGGCAAACAGGUGCAGGAAGCACAAACAGAAAAUGUUUUCACACGUCACGCUCAGCGUUCUCGUCGGAACGUUGCUGAUAAUCACCAACAUUCCCGAUGCGGCGUCCUACUCCAAGUAUGGAAGAACCUGCAAUGAUAUCGGCUGUCUCAGCGACGAGACUUGUGUGAUGGCCGAGGAUCCUUGUACCAGUUACUCCGACAAAUGCGGACGAUAUCCGACAUGCCAGAAGACAAGCGGCGCAAGUUGCACCAGUAUGGUUUGCGGGGAAAACGAGUACUGCAAGGUGGAGAACGGUAUGCCGAAGUGCGUGAAGAAGUCCACAGGAACAGAUGACGAAUUGUUUACAGAGGACGACGAGAUGGAGGCGCGAGUAGUUCCGAAACGUCAGAGUGGUUACCCGACGGAAGCCGAGAAGCGUGGUUCGCCGGAUACCACCUCGGAAAACUCUGGUGGUCAUUCGUAUCCCACUAGAUCCUCCGGGUACCCGUCUGGCUCGGGAUAUCCUGCCAAUAGCGGCUACCCAAGUUCUGGAGCUUCCAGAGCUUCCGAUCCAACUACGACAAGUCAUUCCCGCCGGCCCGAUAACCCAUCUAGCGGCUCAUCUGCUUAUCCUUCCAGUGGAUCAUCCGGUUAUCCUUCCGAUGGGUCAUCCGGUUAUCCUUCCAGUGGAUCAUCCGGUUAUCCAUCCAGGAAAUCAUCCGGUUAUCCAUCCGGUGGAUCAUCCGGUUAUCCUACCGGAGGAUCAUCCGGUUAUCCUUCCGGUGGAUCAUCCGGUUAUCCAUCCAGUGGAUCAUCCGGUUAUCCAUCCAGUGGAUCAUCCGGUUAUCCUUCCAGCGGAUCAUCCGGUUAUCCUUCCGGUGGAUCAUCCGGUUAUCCAUCCAGUGGAUCAUCCGGUUAUCCCUCUGGUGGAUCUUCCGGUUAUCCUUCCAGCGGAUCAUCCGGUUAUCCAUCCGGUGGAUCUUCCGGUUAUCCUUCCAGCGGAUCAUCCGGUUACCCAUCCAGAAGUGGUUCCGGUUAUCCAACAGGAUCCGGAUAUCCGAGUGGGUCUUCGGGAUACCCGGAUAACUCGAGGAAUCCAUAUGGCGAGACGACUGCCAGGCGAACCGGCGUCAGCACUGUGAACGCUGGCAACCCGCGUCCAUCUGGAUAUCCGCAGGAGAAUCCUGCGCAUCGUGGUAGCAGCUAUCCGACUCAAAACGCGGGUUAUCCUUCUUCGGGCUAUCCGUACGGUAACCAGCGUCCUAACCAAGGCUAUCCACAGGGAUAUCCACAGAGCUAUCCUCAGGGAUAUCCACAAGGAGGUUCCCCACAAGGAUAUCCGCAGGGAAGGAAUCCGCAGGGAGGAUAUCCACAGGGAGGCUAUCCGCAGGGAUAUCCACAAGGCGGAUAUCCGCAAGGAGGAUAUUAUCCGGGCCCGAAUUAUAUGACGACUACCAGACGACCUGGCUUCCAAGAUCAGUUGACGAACUUCGCGCGAAACAUGGCGGAAAAGGUGCUUACGCAAACGAUAUUAGACCGUGUCACCGGUAGACACUAAAACUGAGAAUUUUAGUUAGUUUCUUAAACAGAAAAGAGUGGGGGGGGGUGAAGAUGUAGAAAGUGUAUCUGUGUGAGAA